AUGGUGAAAAUUGCACUUCUUGGCGCCGCGGGCCAGAUAGGCACGCCCCUCAGCCUUUUAUGCAAGACAAGUGAUUUAUUUGAUGAGAUUGCUCUGUACGAUAUUGUUCAUGUACCGGGCAUCGCCACGGAUUUGAUGCAUAUCGACACCAAAGCCAAGGUUACCGGCUACCUUCCACAAGACGAUGGACUAAAGAAAGCACUUACCGGUGCUGAUACCAUCGUUGUCACUGCUGGUAUUGCCCGGAAGCCGGGUAUGACUAGAGAUGAUCUCUUCAAGACAAACGCCCACAUCAUCCGCGCCAUCUUCACCGAAGUCGCAGCAACAUGCCCCAAGGCAAUCUGCUGCAUCGUCACCAACCCCGUCAACUCCACCGUCCCCGUCGCAGCGGAGACUCUCAAAAGAGCAGGCGUGUUUGACCCUACGCGUCUCUUUGGCGUCACUACCUUGGACGUCGUGCGGGCAUCUACCUUCGCGGCGCACGCCACGAACACCGACCCCAAGGCUUACAAGGUCCCCGUCAUCGGUGGCCACAGCGGAGCUACCAUACUUCCGCUUUAUAGUCAGGCUCAGCCACCGGUCGAUCUUGAUGAUGAGACUUUGGCGGCUGUUAUCAAAAGGGUGCAAUUCGGUGGCGACGAGAUCGUGAAAAGCAAGCAGGGCGCUGGAAGCGCUACGACGUGCAUGGCGUAUGCCGGAUUCCGCUUUGUUAAGGCCAUUCUGGCCGCUAUGGCUGGGGAGACUGUUACUGAGGAGGCCUAUGUCUAUCUUCCGGGUGUCCCGGGUGGGGAUGAGAUUGCGGCUAAGCUUGAGGUGGACUACUUUGCUGUUAAGGUUGAGAUUGGUAAGAUGGGGGCUUCGAAGGCGUUGCCGUUUGGUGAGAUAUCGGAGAGCGAGAGGAAGCUUCUUGGGAUUGCUAUUGAGGGGGUGAAGAAGGAUAUUGCUACGGGUUUGGCUUUAGAGUAG